UGGCAGUUUAAUGAACCAGGAUUUGACAAAAAUAUCUGCGUCAAAACACGUCCUUGUGUAUUCCAAAUUGCAUUUUCCCCAAAUUUGGCCAAAAAGCCCAAUUCUUGCGUAAAAAAUGCCCAAUGUUUGCAAAACCGCGUCACCUGUGAACGAACCAACCGACUAAAUUUUUUAGUAAAAAUUUGUAUGCCCCUCGUGUGUGAAAAAUGAACGAAGCAGGUCCGGCCACUUUGAUGCCCAAGCCCGACUUCACCAAGUGCAAAAUUGUGAAGGAAGGGUGGCUUUAUAAACGUGGGGAACAUAUUAGGAAUUGGCGUAGGAGGUACUUUAUACUUUUGGAUGAUGGGUCUUUAUUAGGGUAUAAGAAUAAGCCAGAUGAGACUUCAAUGCAUGACCCCUUGAAUAAUUUUACUGUGAAGGGGUCGCAGAUCAUGUUGGCCGAUAAACCAAGGCUUUAUACGUUUACAAUGAGGGGGCUGCAGUGGACCACGGUCAUAGAAAGGAUGUUUCAUGUGGAUACAGAACGGGAAAGAGAAGAGUGGGUGGUGGCCAUUAAGGGCGUGAUAGACAGCCUUAACGAAUAUUGUGACGAUAUUGAGAUGAAUAUAGAGGGGAAUAUGGACGAUUUAUGUGAGAAAUUCUCCCUGCAAGGCACUUCAAUUUCGUCAACUGGCAAAAGAAAAGUUACUUUAGAAAGUUUCGAAUUUAUUAAAGUGUUAGGAAAAGGAACGUUUGGUAAAGUGAUUUUGUGUCGAGAGAAAGCCACAGGUCGACUAUAUGCCAUUAAAAUUCUCAAAAAAGAAGUGAUUAUACAAAAGGACGAAGUCGCUCACACACAAACCGAAAAUCGGGUCUUACGUAAAACGAAUCAUCCAUUUUUAACCUCGUUAAAAUACUCGUUCCAAACCAACGAUCGCCUCUGUUUUGUCAUGGAAUAUGUAAAUGGUGGCGAACUCUUCUUUCAUUUAUCACGCGAACGUGUUUUUUCCGAAGACCGAACACGUUUUUACGGUGCUGAAAUAAUCUCAGCUUUGGCAUAUCUGCAUUCGCAGAACAUUAUUUACAGGGAUUUGAAAUUAGAAAAUUUGUUAUUGGACAAAGAUGGACAUAUAAAAAUCGCCGAUUUUGGUCUAUGUAAAGAAGAUAUAACCUAUGGAAGAACAACUAAAACGUUCUGUGGUACACCGGAAUAUUUAGCACCGGAAGUUUUGGAAGAUAUCGAUUAUGGACGAGCUGUUGAUUGGUGGGGAAUCGGUGUUGUGAUGUACGAAAUGAUGGUUGGGCGCCUACCAUUCUACAACCGGGACCACGACGUGUUGUUUCAAUUGAUUCUAAUGGAUGAUGUUAAAUUUCCGAGAAAUUUAAGCUCAGAUGCGAGAGAUUUAUUAGGUGGACUUUUGGUCAAAGAUCCAGCUAAAAGACUAGGAGGUGGUCCAGAUGAUGCAAAAGAGAUAAUGGCACAUCCGUUUUUUAGUUGUAUCAAUUGGAGGGAUCUUGAGCAGAAAAAAAUUAUGCCGCCGUUUAAACCCCAGGUUACUAGCGAUACGGAUACUAGAUAUUUCGAUUCGGAAUUUACGGGUGAAAGUGUCGAAUUGACACCGCCUGAUAAUUCCGGUCCGCUAGGUGCCAUACAAGAAGAGCCUUAUUUUCCUCAAUUUAGCUAUCAAGAUAUGUCUUCCACGUUAGGUAGCUCAGCACAUAUAAGUGGCAGUAUGAACAACAUGGCCACCAUGCAGUGACUCAGUCGGAUCAAAACUAUAGACACUCUGUAUAUAUCAUAGUUAAUUCGCUGUUUUAAAAGCCACUGUACUUAUCGUUGCGAAGUGUAAAUAAUUUACGAUUCUGUUGAUUGUUAGUGACUUUUUUCCUUUUUUUUUACUAUUAUUCUAGUGUAUAUAUUUUACGUACUGUAAUGUUUAAAUUAGUGUGAUUUUCUAUAAUUUCGUGCAUUUAACUCGUAUACGAAUGUUAAACAAAUUCAUUUGAGAUUUAUUCUAAUAUUAUUGUGGGCGGAAAAUAUUUUUGUGUGGCUAAUAUUUAGUUUGUAUAUACAAUUGUUGCUAUCUUUGGGCUACUCUGUAAAUAUGGUGGUUUUUAAUCAUGAAAUUUCCGCGGAGUAUUUAUUUAUAUUUCCCAAAAGUGUAGGAAAAAAAUAAACUAUUUGUUUUGUUA